ACCUGGCAGCUCGUGUUGACGAAAAGCUGCGCGGUGCAUUUAUCUCAGUUGGGCUGUAAAUAGGAAAGAAACACCACACACGCACACACACACGCACACGCACACACACACACGCACACACACACUCAGAGCCCUCGCUUUCUGCAUGUAAAAUGUGUGUGUUCUUUAGAAGCCAGUGGUUGGCUGGUUUUCCGGACAUGAUGUGGUUGAAGCUGUCAUCGUAAUGGAAAUUCACUGCCGUAGCUAUGGUAAAUCGAGUGUUCUGCCUGUGCUGAAUGCAUUAGUCUAAUGAGAUGUUUGCAGCGGCGAGCAGGGCUGUUGGAGACUAGCUGUGAGCAGUAGCACACGGGUGGAAGCUAGCGUGUGCAACACUGGGGUGCUUGUGUAGCAUGCACACAGGUGGAGGAUAACGCGUGCAACACUCGGGCGCAUGUGGAAGAGGCACACAGGUGGAGGAUAACGCGUGCAGCACUCGGGCGCGUGUGGAAGAGGCACACAGGUGGAAGAUAUCGUGAGCAGCACUCGGGUGCACAUACAGGAUAUUACCUGUCUUCUAAGCCAACACUCCGACCCGAUCAACACCCUGAUCAGGGCUCUGGGAUCAAGCUGUAGGACCUCUCUUGCACGUGCGCUUUGCUUCCUCAUCCAGCAAGACUGGCACCAGCAGAGAUGCAGACACAGAAGGUCCCAGGGAGGAAGCGUGGCCGGCCUCCCCUUCACUCCACACCAGUGCAGAUGGCAGUCCAUAAUCUUUAUUCUGCGUCUGCGGGCUCUGUACCGGCAGUGACGAUCCCGAAGAAGAGAGGGCGGAAACCCAGGUACAAGAUCAAGCCCCCCGUGCUCAUGACUCCCUUGGCUCUAUCACCUCCACGGAGUACCCCAGAACCCGACCUCAGCUCCAUCCCUCAGGAUGCAGCCACCAUCCCCAGCUUGGUGGUCCCACAGGCUCUCACAGUGUGCCUCUACAUUAACAAGCAGGCUGAUGCAGGUCCCUACCUGGAGAGGAGGAAGCUGCAGCAGCUUCCUGAGCGCCUGGGGCCUGAGCGGCCUGCAGCUGUCCUGCAGCAGGCGGUGCAGGCAUGCAUAGACUGUGCGCACCAGCCAAGGCUUGUCUUCUCCCUUGUCAAGCAGGGCUACCGUGGCGAACUGGUGUCAGUCUCUGCUUCCUUUGAUGGAAAACAGCACCUGAGGAGCCUGCCCGUGGUCAACAGUGUGGGCUAUGUCCUCCGCUUCCUGACCAAACUGUGCCGUAGCCUCCUGUGUGACAACCUCUUCAGUCACCUGCCCUACCCUGGGAGCCUCAGUGCCUCCGAGAAGACCCAGGAGAGAGAGGAUGGGAGACCCGAGUCAGCCCAGGCGGCCACUGCUGAAGAGUGUCUGGCCAACCCUGUGGGCAUGGACCGCUACAGCAUGGAUACCUCCUCCGCAGCCUUUAGCCACCGGGGCUCCUUGGCCCACUCUUCCUCCCAGUACUACAAGAGACUGAAUUCUGGAGACAGCCACCUUGGAGGAGGCCCUGCCACUACCACCAGCAGUUCCCGUACCAACCCUGUGCCCUUGGGAGGGCCAUCGACACCUGGACUGAGGUUCCCGGCCUCCAGCCCCAAGAGGAACGAAGGCGAAGGAAACAGAUGUGCCUCGAGCCCCUCUCCAGAGGUGCAGGACACCAGGCGACCAAGCAGCAGAAACCCUUCUACCUGGACCGUGGAGGACGUGGUUCGGUUUGUGAAAGACGCUGACCCUCAGGCUCUGGGGCCUCAUGUGGACCUCUUCAGAAAGCAUGAGAUUGACGGCCAUGCCUUGCUGUUGCUGAGGAGUGACAUGGUCAUGAAAUACCUGGGACUGAAGCUGGGACCCGCUCUCAAACUCUGCUAUCACAUCGAGAAGCUGAAGCAGGCUAAGUUCUGAAGUUCGUGGAGUCGGAAGCAGAGCCCCAGACCUCAGCAUCAUCUUCUGCCUGACCUGCACCCAGCCAUCGUCACAACGUCUUCUCAAAAGCAACAUCCACAGAGACUUCGUCUUUUUAUGAAAUGUGUGCGUCUUUGCCUUUUCUAACACCCCAGAUGGCCGGCCCCUUUCAAAGGCUAAACUGUAUUAUUGAUUUGCCAGAAAAAAAAAAAAAUCACAAAAAGCCAAUUACAUUUAGUGUCCCUGACAUGCUGUUCACUCUUUAUAGGUGCUAUUUGUGUCAUGACAGAGUGGAUAACUGAACGCUGUCACCCACGGUGUAUCUCCGAGGGGGCCCUCAAAGUGUGAGAAGGACCUUGUCCUUGGAGGUGCUGUGGUGUGGCCCACGGCAGGAGCAACCUCUCCCUGUUCUGGGGACCAACCAGCAGGAGCCUCACUGGAGUCACUUCUGGGGUGACUGCCCCCCGAGAUGACUGCCUCGCCUUGCACUAUCUGGAAAGCUUGAAGUUUUUUUGCUCAAAGUGAGGAAAAAAAGAUGUUUUCUAGUCCCAGCUACUGAAGUCCUUCAUUGCUCCACCAGAGGGCAGACUACUAAUGAGAUUUCAGCAGGCAGACGGAGGUGGCCUGCCCGUUCAAACUCCAUGGCUGGGUUAGGGCUUUUGUAAUCAAGACCUGGCCUGCACAGGGAAAGGGGACCAAUUCCAUAGUCAGCACCCCAGAUUGCCACUUGAGAAAAAAAGUGUGAUCUGGAGAGUUCCAGAUUCACUACUGACUGACUGACGAGGUACGAAUUUGGACACAACUGUCUGCCUAAACAAAGAUUUGAAGGCCCCUUCCUUCCCAGACUCUUGCUGCGGGCUGAGAUGGUGGCCUGCGGAAGAAUCUCGGUGACAUUUCACUAUGGGUACUUCUUGAAAAUAAAGAAGGGAAAGAAAACUGUC